AUGUCUUCUUCCCCCCCGACGUCGACGUCGCGGACGUACGCCGACGCCCUCGACCUCCUCAACACCCUCAUCCCCAACACAAAGGUCCACGCCCUCUUCGGCAAGCCCCAGGACCCGAAGCCGCCGCCCCAGACCGUCGCCCCGGGGAGGUCCACCCCGCCGCCGCCGCCGGCCUCCGACCCGAACCUCCUCGCCAUCCCCGAGAUGCGCGCCUGGCUCCUCCGCGCCAACCUGACCCCGCAGCGCCUCUCCGCCCUCUCGCUCCGUCGCCGCCCUCACCACCUCCGCCCUCCUCGCCUCCGCCCGUUCCGGCUCCCGGCCCCGGUCCCCGGCCGCGUCGGCACCUACACCUCCCCGCACCUCGUCACCCCGCGCGAGCGCAUCGCCAUCGACGGCCGCCCCGUCUCCCAGCCCCUCUUCGCCGCCGCCUUCUUCGAGCUCUGGGACCUCCUCUCCGCCUGCCCCGCCGCCGCCGACGACGACGACGGACCCCUCGCCGGCCUCCCCGCCGGCGCCAAGCCCUUCUACUUCCGCUUCCUCACCCUCCUCGCCCUCCACAUCUUCCUCCGCGAGGGCGUCCGCUCCGUCGUGCUCGAGUGCGGCAUCGGCGCCGAGUACGACGCCACCAACGCCGUCGUCCGCCCCGCCGCCGGCGCCGCCGUCACCGCCGCCGUCAUCACCCAGCUCGGCGUCGACCACGUCGCCAUGCUCGGCGACACCCCCGAGGCCAUCGCCUGGCACAAGGCCGGCGUCAUGAAGCCCGCCGUCCCCGUCUUCACCCGCCGAAUAAUGCCAAGGCAGGGAACGGUUCGCAGUAAUCGCCCUCGCUUCGCACCGGAAGAUCACUGCGAACUGCCGACCAAAGUACUUAAACCCUCCAAACACUAA